CCUAUAAAUAUGGUGGGGCAGUACCAACAACUUCACAUCUCCUGUAGACUUCACUUCUGUUCAAUAGGGAUACCUACUUAAAGCAAAACCACACUUAAAAUGGCCAAGGCUCUGUUCUUCGUUCUUGCUUGCGCCCUCAUCGUGGCCGCCCUCGCCGAGUUCGAGUUCGACGACGAGACCGCCGCUGACCUCGAGUUCAUCAAGAGGGAUGCUGACUUGUUGGAGUUCUUCGAAGCUGAGAAGAGGGGAAUGGGAAAGAACAUGAAGAAGUACAAGGCAUGCAGUAUGUGGGGCGCAGAAUGCUGGUGCUCAAGGAAGACCAAGAAGGUUGUUUUCUGCAACGGAUCUGGAAACGGCGACGGUAUCUAGACACCAUCCCGCACAAGUUCUGAUCGAACAUUUCCCAAAAUGGAAAUAGAUGACGUCAUGAAACUCGGCCAAUCAUGACACUCGUUUUCUACGUCCUUGAAUUCAGGUUACAUCCUUGUUGAUACUUCUUCCUAUAUACCCUAAAAGAUUAGAAUGAAUUAAUAUUUGCUGAUCGAGUGAGAUGAAUAAAGUAUUUUCAAAUUA